AUUAGUGAUUGAGAGUAACUCAUGUGAGAGAGAGAAAGAAAGAGAAAAAAAGAUAGGGAGGUUAAUGGAGUCCAAAACGACGAGGUGCGCAAUUGUUACCGGAGCAAAUAGAGGAAUAGGGUUAGAGGUAUGCAGGCAACUGGCUAUCACCGGUAUUACGGUGGUUCUGACUGCUAGAGACGAACAAAAAGGACUUGAAGCUCUCAAAAAGCUUAAAGAGUCUGCCGGUAAUGAGAUCAUUAAUGUCAUCUUCCAUCGGCUUGAUGUGGCCGACCCAUCAACCAUUCCUCCUCUUGUUGAUUUUGUAAAGGACAAGUUUGGAAUGCUUGAUAUCUUGGUCAAUAAUGCUGGUGUUGUAACAUCUAAGGCUGAUUGGGAGUCCUUGAAAGAUUACACUUUGAUGCCUGAAUGGUCAAAACUCAAGUUAAGUGAAGAGAAUUAUGAGAAUGCAGAAGAAUGUCUCCAAGUGAAUUAUUAUGGCAUGAAAAGAAUGGUAGAAGCAUUUGUUCCUCUCCUCCAGCACUCUAAUUCGCCAAGGAUUGUGAAUGUUUCUUCCUUCGCGGGGAAAUUACAGAACUUACCCAAUGAAUGGGCUAAAGGAGUGUUAAAUGAUGCUACCAAUCUUAGUGAAGAAAGAAUAGAUGAGGUCUUGAACAAGUUUCUUAAGGAUUUCAAAGAGGGGACGUGGGAGGCCAAUGGUUGGCCUACGACCCUCACUUCUUAUAUACUAUCGAAAGCAACUUUGAAUGCUUACACUAGAGUUGUAGCCAAGAAGUUUCCCACCAUUCUUGUGAAUUGUGUUUGCCCGGGUUAUGUUAAGACGAACAUCAAUGAUAACACUGGCACAUUGACUGUGGAAGAAGGAGCAGAAAGCUUCGUGAGAUUGGCUUUAUUGCCAGAUGAUGGAUCUUCUGGAACAUUCUAUUGUAUGGCUGAAGUCUCAUCUUUUUAAUAAAUAUUAGCAAACG